UAUAUGUGUCUGGGGGAGUGAGGGAAUCGCCUUUAACACAAACAACGCACCGUGCUUGAGCUGCAUGGUUGUGCGUUUCUUUCCUUCAAAGAAAAGAAGAACAGCUCGUGCUUGAGUCAGAAAACAGAUCCUCAACUUUUCAUCUGAAAAAAUGGCGAUCGAAAACCUGCUUCCAGACAAUUUUGGCUAUGCAAUUUUUACUUAUUUGUACAGUUUUGUCAUGUUGAUGUAUCUCGGGGCCCAAGUUGGUAGUGCACGGAAGAAGUAUGGAGUAAAGUAUCCCACCAUGUACAGUGAUAAGGAGCAAGUGUUCAACUGUAUCCAGAGAGCCCAUCAGCACACACUGGAGGUGUAUCCACAGUGGCUGGUGUUCCAGACUAUUGCUGCAUUAGAGUAUCCUAUUGCUGCCUCUGUGUUAGGAGUCAUCUGGGUUACGAGCAGGUUCUCUUAUGCCUGGGGUUACUCCACUGGUGAUCCUGCUAAGAGGAUGCGUGGUGUAUAUGGAUAUAUCGGGCUGUUUGGAGUCAUUCUGCUUUCAAUCUCUAUUGCUCUCAAACUGCUUGGAGUGCUUUAAGGGAAACACUACUGAGAAAAUACCACAUAAAACCAAUACUUGGCACUUAAUGUAGUCGUCAGUGAUUCUUUUUUUCACUUUUUUACUCUCUUUUUUUAAUUACAUCGCUCCAUCCUGAAGCUUUUAUAUAGUAUGAAAUAUUUCAUCAAAUGUAAUCGACUUGUUAGGCUUUUAUACACCUUCUUUACACAGCUUUCCUUACAUUUCAUUUAGGGUGACCAGAUAAUCAUUGCAUGCUAGUGUUUAUGUUCAGAUGACCUGGGUUUAAGUCCAGCUAGUGACAUUUCUGUUUGAGGACCAUCUUCUGUACAGAGCACUUUGGGUGCAAAAUUGUGACCGGCAACAUUUCAGAUACUGUGCUGAUUUGAUUAGGAUGUAUAGUCACCCUAUGUUAUUUCAUUCAGUUCAGACAAAUGAAUAAUAAAAUGUCUGUGUAAGAUUCAA